AUGACCGAUAGCGUCAAGGAGCUGCAGCAUACGUCAAUUGCAGAAAUCAAUAGCGCAGAGAGCCCAGUCGUACACAAACUUAUCACGCAUGAGUAUCGAACGGGCGAAGCACCCAUUAAAAAAGAGUUUCUGAAAGCCAAGCCGGUUCAUAAGCCCGUUGUGAGUGAUAAAGCUGAUGAUGUUGUAGACAAAGGAGGAAAGAACGCUCGUGACUGCGAUGGCGGUAAGAAGAAGCGAGGAACUUUUAAAAAACGGCCAAUUGAUGUUGAGCAAGAUCCCGCGGAUUUGCUCUGCCGUCCUGUGGCCUCCGGGGAGAGCUGCCAAUUUGGUGAUAGCUGUAAGUUUAGUCACGAUAUCGACGACUAUAUGAAGCGCAAACCCAAGGAUCUGGGUGAUUGUUGUCCUGUUUUUGACGCAAAGGGGUAUUGCCGCUAUGGCUUGGCAUGUCGAUUUGCUCAUGCGCACAUUGAAAAGCUAAACGGUAUAUACUGCAACGUAAGACGUAAGGGGUACGUGGAGACACCAGGUGAUAACAUGUGCGAUGAAGUAAACGAUUUGAGCCAUGAUGUGCGUACAAAAUUACGCAAAGACACGUACAACUUUCAGUCAAAACAGCAGAUGAAGAAAGGCAAGAAAAACAACAAGCGGCAGCAGCGACCUGAUGUUGACGGAAAAUCUACGAUGGAGCAUGCUGGUGAAACUCCUCAAAUUAUUGAGCUACCAACUGCGUUGCGUCUUGAUUCCGCUGAUUCGACUGUGCCAAUAAUUGAAUCCGCUCCGGAUGUUCAGGUCAGAACUUAUUUAAAUGAUGUACAAAUGGAACCUGCUUCUGAAAGCCCAUUGCUGGCUGAGCGCAAGCCGGUAGACUUCAAGCGGAAGAUUUAUAUUGCCCCGCUUACUACCGUGGGUAACUUGCCGUUCCGUCGGCUGCUAAAGCAGACUGGUGCUGAUAUCACUUGCGGUGAAAUGGCAAUGGCCACCAACCUGCUCAAGGCUCAGCAGUCUGAAUGGGCGUUGCUUCGACGUCACAAGAGUGAGGAUGUUUUUGGUGUUCAGAUUGCAGGAUCAUUUAGCGACCAGAUGGCGCGUGUGUGCGAACUUCUUGCUCGAGAAACGGACGUUGAUUUUGUCGAUAUUAACAUGGGCUGUCCUAUUGAUAUUGUGUGUCGUGCUGGUGCUGGAUCUGCUUUGAUGACACGACCACCUCGUUUGUUAGAGGUCGUUUCGGGUGCAUUGACUGGACUGGAGCUUGGAACGCGCAUGCGUACCGGUGACAUAUCAAAGUCACCAGGACUAACAGUAAAGCUCCGCACUGGUUGGAGCGAAAAGCAGCCAAAUGCUCACAAGCUUGUCCCCAAACUGCAGUCUGUUCGGGCUUCUAUGGCUUAUGUAAAUGCUGCAGUUGUUACGGCAGACUUCAGGCUACGGGCUACGCAGUCUAUUGACGCCAUAACAGUUCACGGUCGAUCACGGUUACAGCGCUACACAAAAAAUGCUGAUUGGGAUUACAUUUAUCAAUGUAGUGAUGCUCAACAGGACACCGUGGAUAACAAUCCACAGCCACACGUGCCGUUUAUAGGAGGUGGGGAUGUUCUAUCGUAUGAGGAGUUUAAUAAGCACCUGCAAAACGGCAAGCUGGAUACGUGCAUGUUAGCACGUGGUGCUCUAAUCAAGCCAUGGCUGCCCACGGAAAUUAAGGAAUGCCGUCACUGGGAUAUCUCGGCCUCGGAGCGUUUGGACUUACUCAAGGAUUUUGUUCGCUUUGGUUUGGAGCAUUGGGGUUCGGACCAGAAGGGUGUAAACCGAACUCGCCGCUAUCUGCUCGAGUGGCAAUCGUUUCUAUGUCGUUACAUUCCCGUUGGUUUGCUCGAUACUCUCCCUCAACGUAUCAAUGACCGUCCGUCGCCCUAUUAUGGACGCAACGACCUCGAGACGCUAAUGGCAAGUGAUCAGGCUGUGGACUGGGUCAAAAUAUCCGAGAUGCUGCUUGGUCCAGUGCCAAAUGGUUUCCAAUUCGUACCGAAGCAUCGCGCAAACGCGUAUCAGGCGACUUAA